AUGCACCUUCAAGGGGUGCCAGACGAGAUCAUGUGCAGAGCCUUCCCCACCACACUAAAGGGAUCCGCAAGAAUCUGGUUUAACAGGCUGACACCCAACUCCAUUGGAACCUUCAAGGAGUUAAGUGCCCAGUUCGCCUCACACUUCAUCAGGGGGCAUAGGUAUAAAAAGUCUACUGCGUGCCUAAUGAACAUUAAACAAUGGGAGGAUGAGACGCUAAGGUCCUAUAUCACCCGCUUUAACAAAGAGGCUCUCUCAAUCGAUGAAGUAGACGACAAGAUACUCAUAGCUGCCUUAACGAACGAACUACGGAAGGGUAAGUUCCUGUUUUCCCUAUACAAGAACGACCUGAAAACUAUGUCGGAUGUGCUGUAUAGGGCAACCAAGUACAUGAAUGCGGAAGAUGCAUUGCUAGCUCGAGAAGAAAGGUCCAAGAAGAGGGAAAGGCAGGAAGACCCGCGGCAGGACAGAGGGCGGAAGAUGCCUAGAACUGGAUCUCGGUGA